UUUUUUCUGGAAUAUUAAUAAAAUGGACGUGGAUCCAAAGGAUGGAGAACAAAGUAGUGAAGGAACUACGACAGUAACCACUGAAUCGACUCAAUCAUCUGAAUUGAUUUCUUCUUCAAAGCCAAAAGAUGAAGAAGAGGAAUUUGAAGAAUUUCCAAUUUACAAAGAAUCUGAAGAUUUUGGAAACACAGCAAAUGGACAAUCAAACACUGCCGCAGGUCAGCCUACCGCUAACGUUUGGGAAGACAAUUGGGAUGAUGAGGAUGUUGAGACUGAGUUUCAUAAACAAUUAGAAGAAGAAUUGAAGAAGCGCGGAUUGAAAUUGGAUUGA